AUGCGGACGCCAUUUGAACGUUCUCACAACUAUAGCUCAAUGUGAAAGUGCAUAAAAUUAAAACCAAAAGCCAAAACCCCCAGUGGCCGAAAGGAACAUUUCCUUGAUAUUGCAAAAUAAAUUCAUCUUUUCCGGUGAUUUUGUUCCUCCUCUCGCAGAUGGUAAGGGGGGGAAAGGUUGGGGGCAAACGCAAUUUCAGAAAAAGGGUUCGGUCAAAGGAAGGGGGUUCUGAUGAUUCGGAUGAGGACUAUGUGGUUCCAGAUGAAGAUAGGGAUUUAUCUGAUUGUUCGGAGGAUUCAGUAUCUUCUUUAGAUGGAUGUGAAUCAGAGGAGAAUUUUGAUAACUUUGUAGAGGACGAGGAGGAGGAGGAAAUUGGAAUAAGGAGGAAAUUCAAUAGAUCCAAGACAAAAAAUGGCAUUUGUGGUCGGCAGAAAAUUGGCAGGAAACCCUCACAACAGAGAGGAAGGAUAACUUGCUCACAUAACCUAGAAGAAGAAGAAGAAGAAGAAGAAGAAGAAGAACAAGAACAAGAACAAGAACAAGAACAAGAACAAGAAGAGGAGGAUGAUGAAGAGACAGAUGAAUAUGAGGAAGAUGAUGGCGAUGAAGAUUUUGAUUGUGAUGAGGAUGAGGAAUUUACACCUGAGGAAGAAGAUUACUCAGACGAAGAAGAAAUAAAGGGGAGAAAGAAGAAAAGUAAUGGCAUUAAAAUGGACAAGAAGGUGGGGCAGAAGCGGGCCUCUGUAACUUAUACCAGAGGUCGUAAAAGAAGAAGAAAUUCUAGGGCGGCAAGGAAGCCCUUGAGAAAGAAGAGAAGAAAGAAUGGAGGGUUGAGGAGGAAAGCAAAGUAUGAUGAUGAGGGUGACUUCAUAGAUAAUGGUCGUACCAUCAGAACCAAGAGUAAGAAAAAACCAGGACGAAAAAGGAGAAGACUAAUUGUUGACUCAGAUUCGUACUCAGAUUGUGUGUCAUCUAGAUCAUCUGAUUAUGAUUAUACCAUCUCUGAAGAAGAGAGAGAACAGGUGAGAGAAGCUGAGGAAUUGUAUGGAAGUUUGAGAACUAAUUUGAGGAGUUCAUCCCUUCUGACAAAAAAUGAAGAGGAUGGAGUCCAUGAAGAUCUACAUCAGCAAAGAAAGCCUCCGGCCCGGAAAGGUAAGGAAAAGAUAGAGGAACCUCAGGGAAGAAAGGGCAAGGACAAGGUAGAGGAUUUGAAAAGUGAGCCAGGAAAGCAGGUUUGUGGAAUUUGUCUCUCUGAAGAAGAUAAAAGAAGAGUAAGAGGAGUACUAGAUUGCUGCACACACUUUUUUUGUUUUGCUUGCAUUAUGGAGUGGGCAAAAGUGGAAUCUCGCUGCCCUUUGUGCAAGCAGAGAUUUAAAACAAUCAGUAAGCCUGCACGAUCAACAACAGCGGGGGUAGAUUUGAGAGGAUCAGUUAUCCAAGUCCCUGAACGUGAUCAGGUUUAUCAGCCCUCUGAAGAAGAACUCAGGAGCUAUAUUGAUCCGUAUGAAUAUGUAAUUUGUUCAGAGUGCCAUCAAGGUGGAGACGAUGGCCUCAUGUUACUGUGUGAUCUUUGUGACUCUCCUGCGCACACAUAUUGUGUUGGUCUGGGUCGGGAAGUACCUGAAGGCAAUUGGUAUUGUGAUGGUUGUAGGCCAGUUGCUUUGGGAUCUUCAAGCUCUCAAGUUCAGGAAGGUGUGGCUGAUUCAAGGGCAACAAUAGGUCAGAGCCUACCUGGUAGACCAUCGCCUGCUGGACAUGCUAGAGAUAUUAUUGACCUCAACUUGAUGUCUUCACCACGUGCAGCUUUUAGUCAAGGAUUUGGAAAUUUUUCUUCUAGAUUUUCUGGUAGAAGUGUUGAAGGAGCUUCUCCAGUGUCUGGAGGAGGGGCACCAACUUUAUCCGAGAGACGUUGGAUACACCGUCAAAUUCAACAAUUACUUUCAAUGGAUAGAAUGACUUCUGCUCCUGGUCGAUCUAAUGGCGUUUCAACUACCAAUUCAACUAGUAACCUAUAUGGCUCUCAAAAUGAUCAAAGUAGGGUAACAACCACUCAAGACACAAGGACACACAACGUGGGAACAUCAUCAUAUCACUCAUUUUUGGAGGAAAGAUUAUGCAACAAUACCUCUCCACUAAUGCAGAAUGGGGAUCAUUUCUCUAUGAGAAUAAGCAAUUCAAGAAGGCCAGUGGUUCAAGAUUCAACUCCAUUUACCAACAGGUCUUUGAAUGGGGCAUUUUGGCCUGGUCUUGUGGGAACACCUCCUGUAUCAGAUUAUGAACAAGUCCAUCAGCUUAGCAGCAGUUCACACAUUGUUGCUGAUGGUAGCAUGUCCCCUGCUAUUAGAGAAGAGAGUAAUUUUCACAUAGUAAAGGAACAAUUGUCAUCACUGGUUAAACGCCACCUUAUGAGCUUGUCACAAAAUAUUGAUUUAGGCAACAGUACCAUCAAGGACAUUGCAAGGAUUUCUCUGAACACCAUACUAGCAGCUUGUGGUCUUGAGCACAAGAAGGGCGAGGUUUGCGCUGUGCCCCCUCCUUCAGCCUGUCCCCACAUUGAACUAAUGGCUGGUGGGCAAACGAGUCUGAUUAAAGGUUGCUGCUCAUCUUGCUUUGAUUCCUUUGUAGGCGACGUGGUUAAGAGGAUCAUGGACACAAGAAUGUCGCAGUGGUUGCGACUAGGCCUUUAGGCAUUAUUGCAUUGAGUCCAGAGGCACACCUUUUUUGUCAGUAGUUAAGGAAGACAAGAAUGUGUCAUUCACUUGUUUAUAUGAAUAUCAUUCACUAACUUAAUUUGUUGGGGACACAUACCUGUAUUGGGUGCUCAUUCAGAAAUCAAUCGAAAAUAAGCCUUAAAUUUUCAUCCUU